UCAGUAAGGUACCGUUCAUAUAAACACUCCCAGGUUCCACUCUCUCAAGCCAAAUUCCAAAUUCCAGAAAGAAAAUGCAGACAUCUCUCUCCAAUUCUCCUCGCUCCCAUUUCCCUCCUUUUCUCCUCCCUCCAUCUCCUUCCAUCCAACGCGACGGACGGAAUCUCUCCAUCCGUCGCAGCAGCAGCAGCGGCAGCGUGUCGGCUCUGAAGAAGUCGGGAUUCCUGACGGCCAUCGAUCGAGCCAUUGAGGAAGAGGAGUCGUACAGGAAAGCAAGGGCGGAGAUUAACCGAAGGGGCGUCGACGUCGAAGGCUACCUGAUCGAAGGGCUCUCAAUCGGCGGCCAUGAGACGUGCGUCAUCAUCCCCAGCCUCAACGCCGCCUUCGAUAUCGGAAGGUGCCCCUCUAGGGCCGUCCAUCAGGACUUCCUCUUCAUCACCCACGCCCAUCUCGAUCACAUUGGAGGGCUUCCGAUGUAUUUAGCAACUCGUGGCCUGUACAGCUUAAAACCUCCUACAGUUUUUGUGCCACCAUGCAUCAAAGGGGAUGUGGAGAAGCUAUUAGAUAUACAGAGGGCUAUGAGUCAGACAGAGCUGAAACUUGAUUUAGUUGCGCUGGAUGUAGGGGAAACCUAUGAAAUACGGAAUGAUCUUGUUGUAAGACCCUUCAAAACGCACCAUGUCAUUCCAAGCCAGGGAUAUGUUAUUUACUCAGUGAGAAACAAGCUGAAGAAACAGUAUGCUCAUUUGCCAGGAACCAAGAUCAAGAAAUUGAAGCUUUCUGGUGUUGAGAUUACAGACACUAUAUUGUCUCCAGAGGUGGCCUUUACAGGCGACACAACAUCUGAUUUUAUACUCGAGCCACGGAAUGCAGAUGCCCUGAGAGCAAAGAUUCUUAUAACUGAGGCAACUUUCCUAGAUGAAGAAUUGGGAAUCGAGCAUGCACGGCAGCAUGGUCAUAUGCAUCUGUAUGAGAUCCUGGAACAUGCUCAGUGGAUCCGCAACAAAGCUGUUCUACUCACACAUUUCUCGUCCCGGUACAAGAUCGAGGAUAUCCGUCAAGCUGUGUCAAAGCUACAAGAGAAGCUGUCGUCGAAGGUGGUUGCUCUUACAGAAGGCUUCAAAUUGACGUACUCAUAACAAUGUAAUUUCUUCAUUAUUGCUGUCAGUGCUCAAAAUCCAGUAAAAAAAUAGAGAGUUUCUGGGACCUUAGCCUUUUCCCAUGCUUUGUAUAUAAUAUUUGGAGAAUCUCUCAAGCUUAAGGCCCUGUUUGGUUGCCACUUAAAAAUGAUUUCAUCUAAUUUUAGUUUAACAGUAAUUAUGUAUUA